AUGUUCACUGUCCUUCUCCUGGCUGUUCUCAUGGGACUCUUUUUGCUCAUGGGCUGGAGACACACAAACGCUCAUGGACAUCUCCCUCCUGGCCCCCGUCCCCUGCCCUUUUUGGGGAACCUUCUGCAGAUUGGCAGACAAGGCUUCAUCAAAUCCUUCUUAAAGAUCCGAGAGCAAUAUGGGGAUGUAUUUACUGUGUACCUGGGACCAAGGCCUGUGGUCAUGCUCUGUGGGACAGAGACUAUCCGAGAGGCGCUGGUGGAUCAAGCUGAUGCCUUCUCUGGCCGGGGGAAAAUCUCUGUGGUUGAGCCUGUCACCAAGGAAUAUGGUAUGAUCUUUGCUAAUGGGGAACGUUGGAAGAUCCUUCGGCGAUUCUCUCUGAUCACACUGAGGAACUUUGGCAUGGGAAAGCAGAGUGUGGAGGAGAGAAUCCAGGAAGAGGCUCAGUGUCUGAUGGAGGAGCUGCGGAACACCAAAGGAACACUCCAGGAUCCUACCUUCUUCUUCCACUUCAGUACCGCCAACAUCAUCUGCUCUAUUGUCUUUGGGAAACGAUUCUCCUACCAAGAUCCUGAGUUCUUGCAGCUGAUGAACGUGUUCUUAGAAAUCUUUAAUCUCCUGAGCUCCUUCCCCAGCCAGGUGUUUGAGCUCUAUUCUCACAUCUUGAAGUACUUCCCUGGCACACACAGGCAGAUCUAUAAAAAUUUACAAGCUAUUGUCGACUUCAUCCGUCGCCAUGUGGAGAAGCAUCGCGAGACUUUGGACUGCACUGCUCCCAGGGACUUCAUUGAUGCCUACCUGAUUCGCAUGGAAAAAGAGAAAUCUGACCCCAGCACUGAGUUCCACCAGCAGAACCUCCUCAUCGGUGUGCUCUCACUCUUCUUUGCUGGCACUGAGACCACCAGCACCACCCUUCGCUAUGGAUUCCUGAUCCUGCUCAAGUACCCCCAUAUCACAGAGAGAGUUUAUAAAGAGAUUGACCAGGUGAUUGGCUCACACCGUGCUCCUGCUCUCAGUGACCGAGUCAACAUGCCAUACACUGAUGCAGUCAUCCAUGAGAUUCAAAGAUUUGUGGACCUGAUCCCCCUUAGCUUGCCUCACUCUGUCACCAAGGACACACACUUCCGAGGAUACCUCAUCCCAAAGGGCACCGAAGUAUAUCCCAUCCUGAGCUCUGCUCACAAUGAUCCACAUUCCUUUGAGAAACCAGAAACCUUCAACCCUGACCAUUUUCUGGAUGCCAAUGGGAAAUUUAAGAAGUGUGAUGCUUUCAUGCCUUUUUCUAUCGGGAAGCGCAUUUGUCUUGGAGAAAGCAUCGCCCGGACAGAAUUAUUCCUCUUCUUUACCACCAUCCUUCAGAACUUCACCUUGGACACCAACAAGGCACCCGAAGACAUUGACCUCACCCCCACGGAAAAUAGUGUAACCAAAGUGCCCCCUUCAUACAAGAUCAGCUUCCUGCCCCGCCAAACUGACGGCGUGGCUCAUCAGCUGACGGCCUGCCUCCCCGUGAGCCCUCCAUGGAGAUUAUCUAAUAGACCCCAGCAGCCUACACAGAGGGAUGAUGGAGAAGAUGGAGGAUCCAAGACCAGCUGA